AAAUUCACAAGGUUUUUCCACCAAUUUUCAAUUGUUUGCUAAAAAAUUAAGAAAAAACAGACCCCCUAUCGAUAGACAGAAGCGAUUGCAAUUCUUCGUGGCCGUGGAUUGGAGCAAUUGCGGUGCGUGGUCACACUGUUUAUGCUUGCAUUUGUCUGUGGAAAUUUCAUUUCACAAAACCGAGAUUGUUGAAUUAACCAAAUUAGAACGUUUUAGACCGAAAUACAAUAGCAGCAAUAUGCUGCAGUUAAAUAUAAUUUUUAUUGAACACGCUGACGUAUACGUUUAAACCGCAAUUCGAUGCCCAACCUAUAAACAAUUGACGCCCGACGCCCUUUCGACACAAAACCACCCACUCUACACACACCACCCACUCGACGCCCAGCCACCGGAAGAGGAAGAAAAAUAAGCAGGAGGAGGAGGAGGCGCACCACCACCACCACAUCGCCCAGUGGUGGCCACCUGCUGCUCAAGAAGCUCCAGGAACAACUGCCGCGAUGAAGGUGGACACGGUGAAGCUGAAGAAGGGCUCCUCGGAGCUGACGGCCGAGUGCCGCGAGCUCAUCGACGAGCUGACCAAGCGGCGCACGCGGGCCGAACUUCUCGACUUCCUCGACACCGUCCAUGUCUGGAUCUACGGCAAGUGUGAGCUGUACCACUGGAUCGAGAUCCUCGACCGGUUCGACAAGAUUCUCGAGGAGGCCUCGCGCCAUGUCAACGCCAACGAGUUCGUGCUGCAGUGCGACACCAACUUCCAGGAAACGGUAAGGACAACGGAUGUCACACUGCUGCUGCACGUACUUAACUUUACCACACUGCUGAUCGAGCACUCGUUCUCGCGGCACUUGUACAAUUCCAUCGAGCACUUGACGGUGCUGCUCUCGUCUCAGAACAUGGACAUCGUCCUGGCCGUCCUCAAUUUGCUCUACAUGUUCUCCAAGCGCAGCAACUUCAUACCCCGCCUGCCGUUCGAAAAGAAGGAGCUACUGAUCGUCAAGCUUUUCAACAUAGCCGAGCGCUGGGGGGAUCCCAACUACGGCCUGUCGCUCAAGGACUGCUGCAUUGGCGAGCCAAAGCUGGAAUUCCUCUACCAGCUGUGCAUCGACUAUGUGGACGAGCACGGUCACGCCGCACAGCUGGAAAUUCCGGAUAUGAUGGACCUCUGCCACACGGCAUCAGCUCCCGAGGUGAUCAAGACGAUUGCCGGACAGAUCUCAAAGCCCAGUGAGGCAAUCAAGAUGCGCAUUGCUCACCGGGUGCGCUUGAUCUCAGGCUUCAACAACUACAAACUGCGCCUUCAGUUCGUCCAGGCGCGUCUUCAGGCCGUCUCCAUUCUGAUCUACUCCAAUGCCCUGCAGGACAACACGGACAAGGUGUUGUAUGCCGGCUUCGGCGAGGAGCUGUGUGAGCUGAUCGACAAGGAGGACGUACACUUGGUGGAGAUACGGGCGGCCGUGCUGCGCACACUCACCUCGAUGCUGCACUUUGACCGCAAUCCAAAUGUGCCAAGCAGAGCCGGGUCGCGUCUGAUGAAGAUCGUCCACUACACAGGUGCCGAGCGGCAGGGCGGAACGUUACCGCUGCUAGUCCGCGACUGCAUCGAUAAUCUGACCACCCACGGACUCACCGAACGCUACCCGCUCAUCCUAGCCACCUCUCUGUUCUCACUGCUGUACCACUUGGCCAGCUACGAGAUGGGCGGCUCCGCUCUGGUUAAAAGCGGCAUGAUGCAGUCGCUCCUGUGCGUCAUCAGCUGGCCGGGAGUUGACCUCGAGCACAUCACUUUCGUCACUCGCGCAGUGAGGGUCAUCGACCUGAUCACCAACAUAGAUAUCGCACGUUUCCACCAGAACAACGGACUCAACGUGUUCAUCGACCGUCUAGAGAAAGAGAUCAAGAGCUGUUGCAAGGCGUUGGCCGAUAUCGGCAUCACGCUGAAGGAGUCCACGCUGCGCGACGACCACAAGCUGGACACCUCGCUAGACCAGGUCGACGAGGAUGUGGAAGAUGGAACUGGAGAGAACGCAUCCGUCGCCAGUGGAAGCGGAUCGCCGCGUCGCGAGAAUUCUAGUGAUGGCGUCAGCGGCGCGGGUAGCAGCGCAUACAGAGCUUACCACGAGCAUAGUGGUGGAGCUGGGUCUGGAGCGGGACUCCUAGACAUUGGUGGAGCACGCCUGGCAGGCGGUGGUGGUGGAGUAAGUCGAGCACCUGGUGGUAUACCCUAUGAUCGAUCCCUAGGAUUAAUUAAUAGAGAUGGAAGCGCCGCUCGACCGCCAACCAUCAUGUAUCCCACAAACAGUUACUACGCCCGUCCGCUGGCCGAGCGCAAGGCGGAGCUAUCGUCGCAGCUGCCGAGCAGCCUUGCGCCGAAGAAGCCUUCCUGCGUCACUCAGCGGGCGGCGCUGCUUAAGUCGAUGCUAAACUUCCUGAAAAAGAGCAUCCAGGAUCAUGCCCACUUCAGCAACAUGCGCAACAUUAUGGAGACGAGUCUGACCCAGUCGCUACGCCACAUUAUCGCCAAUGCGGAGUAUUACGGGCCGUCGCUGUUUCUCCUGGCCACCGAUGUGGUUACCGUGUACGUGUUUAACGAACCGUCGCUGCUCUCCUCGCUGCAGGAUCUGGGCAUCACCAGUGUGAUGCUUAAGGCUCUGCUACAAAAGGAUGUACCAGCCACCCGGGAAGUGCUUGGAUCCCUGCCCAACGUAUUUUCAGCCUUGUGCCUGAACGAGCGCGGAUUGUUUGAGUUCCUAUCCUACGAUCCGUUCGACAAAGUCCUGAAGGUGCUGCUUUCUCCGGACUACCUGGUGGCGAUGAGGCGACGCCGCUCCUCUGAUCCGCUGGGCGAUACGGCCACCAAUCUGGGCAAUGCCAUGGAUGAUCUAAUCAAGCAUCAUCCUUAUCUGCGGGCGGAUGCCACAGAGGCGAUUGUCAGGCUGCUAAAUGAGUUGGUACGCCUAGGAUCCGAUCCCAGUUUCAUUUGCUGGCGCGCGAACAAGGAGAGCAGUGGCUCUGGAUCUGGCUCCGGCAGCCAUGGCGGUGCCCAUCACGUGGCGUCAACACCCUCGCCCAUGGUCAUGGUGGCUGGCUCGGGGGGAUCUGCUUCGGUCCUCCAGGGUGCAGCGGAUACGAACGAUAGCAGCGGCGACGACGACGACGAUGAUGACGAAAUGAGCUCAGCUUCGCAGCAACAGCAGCAACCCACGACUCCGGGUCAGAGUGGAGGAGCCACAACACCCAGGACACAACAAGUCGGAGGAGCUUCAGGAGCAGGAGCGCCAGCAGCCACAUCGCAGGCUGUUAAAGUGGUGACGCCACCGGAACGAGAGGCCAUACCACUAAUCGACUACAUCCUCAACGUGAUGAAGUUCAUCGAGGCGAUAUUCAGCAACAGUCCGAAUGGCGAUCACUGCCGGGAGUUUGUGCUCCACGGCGGACUAAAGCCCAUCCUGCAGCUGUUGUCACUGCCCAACCUACCGGUGGAUUCGCCAGUUUCCACUACCUCACAGGCAGUGGCCAAUGUCUGCAAGGCCAUACUCAGCCAGGCGCAGGAGACCAAAGUGCUGGAUGUGGCGCUCAAGCAGCUGGCGGACAUUGUGGCUCAGCUGAAGCCACUGAUCAAGCACUUUACCUUUCCCGGCGGCAGUGUCUUGCUUGCUGAGCUCGUCUGUUGCCAGCGCUUGGAGGACGGCUUCGCCAACGCCGAGUACACGCCCAUCCUGCACAACAUGAGCUUCGUGCAUGGCUACGUGGUGAUGCUGGUGCAUCUCUGCCGAAACGCCUCCAACGACAUGCGAGCCAUUCUUCUCAAGCGCUGGGGCGUGAAUCGCGAGACCGGAGUUCAACUGCUGCAGCAACUCGUCCAGCUGUACAUCUCACUGGUGUGGGAGAGCACCAUUCUGCUGAAUCUUUGCUCGGAUGAGCCCACCCAACAUCCGGAUCUCAUCUGGGAUGAGAUUGCAGCCCAGAUGUCGGCGGCAGCUGGCACCGCGGAUCCCCUUACCGAAGCAGAGCUCUCGAGGAAACUGGAGCGCGCCGCGGAAUUCCGGACAAAGUACACGCCCGAGGAGCAGUUCCGUUACAUCAAGUCUCUGCUAGCGGCGAGUUCCCGAUUGGGAAGAGCGCUUGCAGAACUUUUAGGCACGUUGGUGAAGCUAUCGGUGGGAUCGCCGCAGACACGGCAGCGUCGCAUCAACGAUUUGAUCAGUAAUAUCAACAAAGUUCCUACGCCAGAGGCGCGCGAAAUAGCCCGCAUCCUCAGCUCGAUCCUGGUAAACGGAUUUAGUCACGAGAGCAUUCUACCCAAGCCGGUGCCGAAGCUUAAGCUCACCUUCCUCAUCUGCUCGGUUGGAUUCACUGGCCCGAUGCUGUUCGACGACAAGCGUAGCGCUUUCCAUCUGAUGAUUUCGCAAUUCUGCGCAGAGAAUGGACUGAAGGCGUUCUUUGAGAUGUUCUAUUGGGCGCUGUCGCUGGAUAAUGUAUCCCAAAAGUUCGACUUCGAUCAGUGGGCCUCGAUGGAGGACCUUAUGCAGGCACACGAGGACGACAAGCGCGAUUGUCCAGAGGGCACUGGUGAGUUCCUCGACGCCUGGCUGCAGCUGCUCGAGAAGAUGGUCAACCCCCGCGCCAUGUUGGACUCCCCGUACACGAUGAGUCCCCGGCUAAAUUAUCUGCCCGAUUCGGUUCCAUUUGAGCCGGUUUUCUACCUAAUACACAUCCACCAAUUGGCCAUGCAAGCACUGCGCAGAAUCUGGGCACGUCGGCCGAUUCCAAACUACGGUCCGAGUAUGUUUGAGACCAUGAUCCUGAUCCUGAAGCAUCUAAUCAAGUCGCAUCAGACCCUCUUGGAUCGCUAUCACACGCGGAUGAAGGAGAUCAAGUUCGAGAAUCUGUACAUUCGAAGCACGGACGAUGGUCUGAAUGCGGAUCAUAUCAAGACCCUGACGGACAUGGGCUUCAUGCACUACCAUGUGAUCGAGGCAUUGCGGACGAAUGCCUCCCUCGAGGAGGCCACCGAUUACCUGCUGAACAACCCUGAAGCCAGUGCUCUUUCGACGACGGGCGCUCAAUCGGGCGGCUCUGCUCCUCCGCCGCCGCCACCACCAACUGCCUCCACAAUGGACAUUGACAUGGAUCUGCCCGCAGACGGAGAAUCGACGCAAAGCAAAUCGUCCGCUUCGGCGAACUCAAGCUAUGACUAUAAGCAUCUUAAGCUGAUGCCGUCGCUGAUCUUCGAUCGCUUCUGCGACGAAGCCAUCUCGAGGGCCUUCGAGUUUAUGGAGGCGAUACCGGAUACGGUCAACAGUGCUGCGGAUUUGAUAGCCGUGCUUUACAGACGCCACAAUCACCUGAACAAGCAGGUGUUUGUCACCAACUUUGUGCGCAACAUCAUCCAGUGGGUGGACUUCACACUGCAGCUGUUUGAGCCAGCCAAGUCAACCGGAUCGAAGGCCUCCCGCCUGGAGGAAUGUUUGACUGGAAUGACGGCCACCCGGCUAUUUGUGCGUCUCAAGACAUCAACGCUGCUGCUCGAGGAGAACUUCAGUGACCUGCAUAAGCCUCUGGUGGAGGCAAUAACCGCCCAGGAUGCCAUGGUGUCGCUGGUCAAGCUGCUGGACUGCAUGAGCCAGUGGAUGCUGGAGCAAUCCAGUGAGACUGCUCCUGGUCAGCAACAGCGUGCAACGGUACCGCGUUGGGUGCAGAAUCUGGUGGAUCUUAUCGAUGCCAUCGACAGCAUCAGCAACAUUCUGCAGCGCAAGGCCAACAUGCGUGCAGUGAGCAGCGAGGUGUGGCGCUGGUAUGACGCCUCAACGGGCAAAUGGAAUGCCUACUCGGAGGCCAACAACGAGCUCAUCCGGAAUGCGUUCGCGGCCGGCGAACGCUGGCUGCACAUCAACAUUGGCCGCCAGCGUUGCACCGUGAGCCUGAACUGCAUGACACAGGUGAGCGAGGCAUCCGGCACACAUCGGCCAGUCUGUCCGGCUCUGAAGCUCAGCGAGGCCAUCACCAGUCUGCACAACCCGAUGGCGCUGCACAAGUUUGAGCAUCUGCUAAACCGCGUCGUCCGUACUUCACCCGACGGCUCGGGCACCGUGCAUUCCGAUGAGUUGAUUUCCCUGCGCCAGCUGAUCAACUUUACCGAUGGCCAACAGCAGCAGCAGCAGGAGAACUCUGGAAAUUCCAACAACGAAGAGGGAGCCAGUGAGGAUAACGCAACCGGAGUCAGUGGCGGAUCCCCGCCAGCAGCCAUGACCACGCGCAGCAAGUCGCGGCAGAAGAACGCGGCCGCUGCAGCCGCCGCCAAGGUGAAAUCCCAGCCAGGUAGCUCGCCGCCCAUACCCAAGCGCACCCAGAAGAUCAUCCUCAACGAGGAGCAGGUGGGCCUGAGCAAGUUCGAUUGCGGUCGCAUCAUUGGCAGCAUUGUGGACCUACUACAGCCGGCGCAUUUGAUGCUCAAUGAGACGAAGCUUUCGUUGCUUCGGCUUUGUGCGAGAUUGACGCGGAAUUACGACAACGCCCAGGUAUUCAUCCGGCGGGGCGGAGUACGGAUGCUGCUGCAUCUGCAGCAGGCCUGCAGUUUCAUGGGCUUCCCCACCUAUGCAAACAUUAUACUGCGCCACGUCCUGGAGGCACCGCCCGUGCUCCAGGAGGCAAUGGAACGGGUGCUAGGCAUGCGGGCUGCCGGCAUCGUGCCCGUGAGCCAUCGCGAUCUCAUCUACGUGCUCACCCAGGUGUCAUCGGCGGUUUCGCGCAAUCCACAGAUCUUCGUGGCCGCCGCCAAGGAGAUGCUCAAGGGCGAGUACUUGCUUAACACGACCAGCUCGACGCUGGCGGACGAUGCCCGUGUCAUGGUCAAGUCCAAGUUUGGCCAGCAACCGACGGCGGCGGCGGGCGGGGCCACGCCCCAUUCACAAACUCCAACGCCACCGACAGCGCCCAAGGAUGACCUCAAGGACGAUCCCCAGGUGCAGUCAUCGGUGGCCGUGCUCAAGGAUCUUCUGCACGGACUAGUACAGCCGUGCUGGCAUUACGGCGGCACUGGGUCCUUGGAUCGCGGCCAGGGCGCUGCCGAGCUGCUGCAGCCGGAUCAGCCGCCAGGAACGGCGCAGGGAUGCCACGAUGAUGAGUUAUAUUUCCGCUUUCAGGAGACCCCAGCUCCCGCGACCAGCAAGAAACAAUCCUCGGGCGGAGGCGGAGCAGCUGCUGGCCAAGCCCAGGCGGCUGAAAAGUUCGAGCCGUGCUGCUGCACCUGGCACAUCCCAACCAGCGGGCACACCCACGCCAAACCAACCAUCUCGCGCGCCACCCUGCUGAAGCUGCUGGCGGAUUCGACCCGGGCAUACCAGUCACUGGUCCCGCGGGUCCUCUUGUCCCACAUUUAUACACCUGCGGACAGUCCAUUGAUCUCCGCACCGCAGCAGACGUUCCUGGGCGUGCUGCUCGACCGCUUCCUGCCAAUAACCCAGCGGCAUCAUGUCCCCGAGGUCAGCACAAUGACCCGUGUGCUGGUGUGCUCGCUAUCGGACUGCUACCAGCAGCCCGGAGUCCAGGUGCAUGUGGCAGAGGAGCUGCACGCGGCGGUGGCGCGGGCCCUGGCACAGCCGGAUUCCGCCGAGAAGCACACGCGGCUACAGGUGCUGAUGAGCCUGUUCCCAAACCUCAUUGAAUCGCCGAUGCUGUACGACAAGGUGCACUUGCACCGCAACAAUAUGUAUCGCGUUCUCCUCCGCCAGGGGGUGAUGACCUAUCUGACGAAGGUGGCCCAGUACAAGGAUCUGUCCAACCACAAUACGCUCAGCACUCUGGCGGCCAUCCUACGACCCAUGGAGAUCCUGCUGAGAUUCAGUGUGUCCACCACCACGCUUGGCUCUAAGCGGAUUCUCUUUGGUAGCGUCGGUGCGAAUGGUGCCGGGAACGGGAACAGUGCUGCCGGAGGAGGCAGUGGAACCGGACCGGGAUCGGGCAACACCUACGGGACCAUCAUCAACCGCCGACUAUAUCCACGUUUGGCCGCACGCACAGCCGUCAAUGCCGCCGUUGAGCGCUCCAAUGCGAUGGGUGGCGAGCACGUGCUGCGCGACAUUAUCCGAAAUGUGCUGUCCGACCGGCGUCAUGCCUUCGAGUUCAUUUUCAACUCGGACGAGAUGGCCGUGGACUCGGAGGACUCGUCCGCCCCGGGCGCUGGAGUGAGCGGAGGUGGCUCUGGAUCGGGCGGUGUUGGAGGAGGCGUGUCGGGAUCGGGAUCAGGUGGAGGCACCGCAGCCGUUAUCGACGUGGUCGAGGAACGGAGCAAUGGCGGCGAUACCAACGAUCCCCCGGCAACCGUGAGUUCUGGAUCAUCGGUAGCAGGUCAGUCCUCGGCCGGUGGUGGACCAGUGCGACCAGUGCUUAACUUUGAUCAACUAUGGGACGACUUCCUGCAGAGCGAGGGACUACGUCUGGCCUCUCGAAGCGGCGGCGCCGGAUCUGGUAGUGGAGCCGUCGGAUCCGGCUUAACCGGACAACAAAACGGAGGCAACGCCACAGCUAGUUCCGCGAACUCGGGAAACAAUUCCGGUAGCGGAGAUCCACGCCUGCGCACCAAUCCCGAUGUGGACGUGGGCGGCGCCAAUGGCAGCGGCGGCGGGUCCAACACAGGAGUUGUGAAUGACAAUGGAAUCGGCGGCGGCGGCGGCAGUGAUGGCGCUUCCACCUCAUCGGACACUGGAGCUCCGGGUGGCGCCCGCGAUAUGAACCCCUCGCUGCUGGGCGAAGUCAGCACCUCCGAUUCGGAUUCAGAUGCCUCCACGGAGAACGACGAGCGGAACGAGGAGGACGAAGACGAGGAUGACGACGCUCCCGAUGAGGAUGUGGAUGAGCACAGCGAGACCGAUGUGGACGAGGAGCGACCGCGACAGUUUAUCGAGGUCUUCGAUCACAUCUAUGAACCGGAAUCCUCGGAGACGGCGUCCAACGAUGCGGAUGUGGAUAACGACGAUGAUGAUGACGAGGACGAGGACGACGUGGACGACGACGAUGAUGACGAUGAAGACAACGACGAUGAGGAGCGCGAGGAGAGCCAGAGCGUCAUGGAUGCGGAGCUGGAUAACCAAAUAGAUAUCGCCCUCGCCCUGGUAUCGUCCAACAAUCGUCCGCGACGCAGCGCAGCGGUUAACGCCUCUGGCGAUGGCUCAGCCAAUCGUCCCAAUCCCGAUGACGAGUUGGACGAUGAAGACGAAGACGUGGAUGGUGAUGGCGAUGGCGAUCCUGAUGUGGAUCCGAUUGGCGGACCAUCGGCUGCCCAGGCUGAGGCCUAUCUAUACGAUCGAUUGGGCAGCGGCUUAAUGCCCACACCGCCAGUCGGUUUCCGCGUGCGGAUGAACAGCUCGAUAGCCCAGCCACUAGACAUUGAUGUCAAUGGCGGCAAUGGUGGUAGUGGAAGCGGUGCGGGCGGCACUGGACUGGCCAGUGGCUCUGGCAGAGGUUCGUCGACGGGCGGAACAACGGCCAGUAUAGGAGCAAUCGCCUCCGCCGCCCUGCGUCCCUCAUCCGGCUCAUGGAUGGCACCGGACUUUAAUUUCAUUGGAGUGUCGGGCGGAGCGAGCGGAUCUGGCAUUGGAGGUGCCUCUGGCAGCGGAGGAGCUGUUGGUGGCAACGCCAAUGGGGGCGAGGUGAACGCCUUCCUCACGCCCUCCUUGUCGCAGCUGGAGCGCACUGGUGGUGCCUCCGGCAGUGGCCAGAACAUGAGCAAUCUCCUGGACGAACAGCCAUCGGUGCCAGGUGGUGGAGGCAGUGGGGGAGGAUCUGCCUCUGGUGGCGGCGCUGGUGUCACUGGAAGCGGUGCAAGCGGUGGCACCACGGGACAGCAUCCGAACGCAACGCUCUGCACGAAUGGCGUGCGCCGACGCUUGCUCUAUCUGGACCAGCAGUACUGUGUAUGCAUGCCCACGCAUCAGAAUCCCACGGAAGAGACCCAGAUGGAGACUUUCACUCAGGAUGCUCUCCACUGGUGGCUGGAGGAGGCCACUCUUUUGGACAUGGAGAGCCAAACUGACGUCUGUCUAUAUGCCGCUCACUUUCUGCUGCCCCAUCUCAUUAAGGAGCUGAAGACAGCGCAUCACCAGCGUAAACAGGAGGAAGCCGCCCGCCAGACGGCCACAAACUCCACAACAUCAGCGUCGGCAGCGACUGGAGCCACUACAUCCUCCAUCUCAACGGCGGCGUCGACAACAGCAGCUCCCACAGCGAAUGCCUCAAUUGCGUCCAGUAUACUGGCGAAUGCCGUAGCCGCGGGAUCAGGAAGCAACAGUAUGGUCGUGCCACCGGUGGCCGCCUCUGCCACGGGAGGCACCCGACGCAGCUCGAUUCCCGUGCUGAUCCCCUCAAGCUUUGGUGCCAGCAGCUUAACUAGUGCAGCGGGAGCCAGUGCCUCUGGUGACGCUGCGGCCACAACUGGGGGAACCACUAGCCCCUACAUACCCACAAACACGUCCCUAAGCGGCAGCGGAUCCCUGGACACGCAGACGACGACCCGUGCGCCCCGCCAACGCGGUGGAUUGCGCCAGCACAGUCAGCUGCCCUUCAACAUCUACGCCGAGAUUGACCUGACUAACGAACAGGAUAGCCAAGGAGCCACGUCAACCAACUCGACAACAGGGACUCCAGCCGAUGGAGCGGAGUCACAGCCACAGCAGAACUCCUCCGCUUCGUCGGCGCCGGUGGCAAUACUCCAUCACCAGCGCCAUCCGCCGGUGCCACUCCUGCCGUCCAGCGGAAGACCAUCGCGACCUCACUCACGUCUUGAUGAGGCGGAGCUGCUACUGUUGCAGUUGGCCGAUCGCCAGGCUGUUCGCAGUCGCUUGCAAGGGUCCAGCGGACACACAAACUCAUCGCGCACGUCGGGUUCGGCGCUAAUCAACGCUCGGCCCAAUCGCGACCUACCCGCCCGUCUGCAGCGUCUUGUGCAGGCUCACAGCUCCAUUUCCGGACGCAGCAGUGCAUCCGGAUCCACGCCAGCUCCGACGCUUGUUUCCAUGCCCACGCCUAUAUCUAGUGCGAACCUGGAGCAGCUGAACGUUACCGCACCGGAUGCUGUUGGCACAGAAAGAAACUUCGCCCUGCCGCCUUCCCUGGAGGUUGAUGUGGAUGUGCUUCCCGGCAUACUAGACAUGCCGCAGCAGGAGGCGCAACCCGAGAGGCAUCAGCUGCUGCUGUCACCACCUCUGCCGCCACAUCCCAGUGAUACGGAGCCGCUAGUGCUUACCGAUUUCUGGCCCGGUUCGGUAUUCAGAGCGGAUUCACAUGUUCCAGCGGCGGCAGCAGCAAACACAGAGGCUGCAAACGAGUCAAACCAACCGGAUCAAACCACAGAAAGCAGCGAAUCUGGUCCUCCAAUUCCACAGGCUCCCCCACCUGAGCCGACGCCAGUGGAAUCGGGCGGAGUAGGAGCUGCCUCAGCUAGUACGCAAACCCCAUUAUCAACAGAAGAUUCUGCAGCAGGUGGAGCAGCAUCUGGUGGAGGAGGAACGAGUGGAACAACAGCCACUAUAACGGACAUGAGUCCCGAGGUGCGGGCCGCUCUCGGCGAUCUGGAAGUGCCCGAGGGCGUGGAUCCCUCUUUCCUGGCCGCUCUGCCUAGCGAUAUGCGCGAGGAGGUGAUCCAGGAGCACCUGCGCAUGCAGCGCAUCCGACAGCGGGCGCAGCAGAAUGCGAUUCAAAUAGCCCACGACUCGCUGGUCGAGGUCAACCCCGAGUUCCUUGCCGCCCUGCCACUGAACAUCCAGUCGGAGGUGCUGAUGCAGCAGCGUAUCGAGCAGCAGCGACAGGCGGCUCAGACCGCCAACCCGGAGGAUCCCGUAGACACUGCCGCCUUCUUCCAGAACCUGCCCGAAAGCUUGCGCCAAGUGAUACUCACCGACAUGGAGGAGUCGCAGAUAGCCAGUUUGCCGCCCGAGUUGGCUGCCGAGGCGCAGUUUUUGCGUCGCGACUGGGAAUCACGCAACGGCGCUCGAAUGGACGCUCAUCCGCCCAGCAAUGCGCUAUCCCGUUUCCAAACAACGCUCCAGAGCCUGGACGAAGCGCGCUGGCACAGCUCCAUUUGGUACGACGCGAGUGGCAAUGCCCAGCCGCAGCAUCACCAGCACACAACGAUCGUUCAUCACCAUGCCCACGCACAUCACGCCCCUACCAUGGGAAAACCACUGGCUCUCCUGAUGAUGGAGGACGAGAACAUUCUGCUCGAUCCGGAUUCGCUGGCCACACUCCUGCUCUUUUUGUUCGUCGAGGACCAGAAGGUAAACAGCAUGCGACUGCAUCGCGUUAUCCGCAAUCUGUGCCACCACGAACCUACCCGCGACUGGAUCAUCAGCGCCCUGAUCAGCAUCGUCCAGAAGACCAACGAGGACAACGCAAACUUUGGGGCUGGCCAGGCGGGCGGCAAGCCGGAAUGGCUAAAGCUGCGAGUGGAUGCGGCAUUCGGCUACAAGAGCAACAUCUUUCUGAUAAAUCGGUUGUACGAGGGCAGUGCCCGGAGCGUCAGCAUUAAUCCGCAGGCGGCACAGAUGAUAGUGCGCAACUGCCUGGAUCUGCUGUUCGUGCUGGCCAAACACUAUCCGUCCAGCUUUGUACCCUAUAAUCGAGAGGUCAAAGCCAGGCGCAUAUUGAGUGCGGUGUUUGGCAUGCCAUCUCCCACCGCUGGUGCAGGAACAGCGGGAGGAGCCGCUGGCGGAUUGGCAGGACGGCUGGCCGAUGACGGACCACCAGGUGGAACUUUAGACUUCCGCUCACGUUUUUGCCGCUACCAGGUGGCCAAUCGGCUGCGCGGCAUACUGGACGAUCACCCUGCACCGAAACCCUCAACGCCUUUGGAUGAGGCACCCUCCACAUCGAAGGCGGCGGCAGCCAAGGCCGCUGCCAGUGCCAAGGUGUCCACAGGCAGCCUGAAUCAGCACUCUGUGCCGUAUCAGACCAAUGCCAAGAACUUCUGGGAUGUUGUGCUGAAUAUCGAUCGACAGACCCAAGUGCGCCUAGCCCAUGUGGCCCAGUUCCCGCUCACUUCACAGCCCGCGUGGGAAUGGCAAACGAAUACCGCCGACUUCCUCUCGUUCACUGACUCGCCCUUCGGCCAGUUGCUCGAGAUGCUGCCCUACAAGGUGAUAUGCCGAUCGCCCCAUCUUACCGACAUGUUGGUAAAACUGCUUGCCUCGCUCAGCACCGAGUUGCCCAAGGAGGAGGAGCAGUUGCCGCUCAGCGAUCAAAUGCCCACGCUCAUACCCAUUGGCCAGGUGGCGGGAGCGUCGGCAGCGGCAUCCGCCGAGAAUUCUCAGACCAAUGCAUCCGAGAUUGGUGACGGCCUGGCCACCAACAGUGAGGAGCAGGCGACUCCCGCCAGCGGCAAUCCCGCCUCCGGUGACGGCAAUGCAGCUGUGAAGCGUACCCAACUGCCCACUUUGAGUGUGGCUCUGCCGGUGGCGCCAUCAAAGCCACGCCGCAAGAUCUACGCCAAGAACUUCUCGCAGCUGCAACUGGUCAUCGAGGUGCUGACCCACCAGUGCGGCACCACCGAGGGCCUGGACAACGUGGCCAAGUUGAUUGUGAACCUGACGCAAUGCUCGCAGGCAUCCAAUGCCAUUUUCAUCCAGUACUUGACAGCUGCGAUACUUGGAUUGGCCGAGGAGGUGCGUCAGGCUAUACAGAUGCUGCUCAACGAGAUUCGCAUGUACAACAUUCACCACGGCGUGACCAGCACCACCUCGCAGGCCGCCUCCACUUCUGGGGCAGCAGCAUCUACUGGGUAUGCACCGACGGUGUCGGGAGCCAGUCUGCUGCCCAACUUGGCCGUCCACGAGGGCAUCAUGCAGGAUCGCUUCACCGCGGAGCAUGUUAUCAUCUCGGCGCCGAAAAACGCAAAGCCCACCUGCGAGCUGCAGCUGCCGUCGAUGAAGAAGCUGAUGUCCAACUCCUCCGCCCAGCCAUACUUCCUGCGUACCCUGAAGAUCUUCAUGCAGGUACGCGACAUGUACGAGGCGCAGAAUGGAUUGCCCACUGGCAGUGGAAUAACAGGUUCUUCCGGCGACAACGACGACGACAUCAUUGACAUUGAGGGCGAUGGUGGGGCUUCCAACGGUAGCAGUUCGGAUAUGGCUCCAGGAUCGGCCAGCACAAUAUCGCCUCCUCCGCCCAUGGAAACCAAUCAAACCUUGCAUGGUGAUGAGGACGACGACGAUGACGACGAGACUCGGGCUUCUCCGGGAGUCGGCAGUUCUGCAGCGGCGACCGCUGGCAAAUCUACCAAGCCCACACUGAGUCAGAUUCUCUGCCUAGACAUUCUGUGGCACACGCUCAGCGAGUGCCUGGUUGCGCUGGAGGAGUCCAAGGACGAGUUUGCCGUCCUGGUGCUGCAGCCCACCGUGGAGGCCUUCUUCCUCAUCCACGCCUCGCAUCGCGGAGUUGCCAAAAAGCCGGGACGCGGAUCCCUUGCCGGAGUUGUGGGCUCUGGACUCCGAGCAGCUGCCGGCGGUGGAAUUGGAGGACUGGGUGCAGCCGCAUCGUCCGUCCAGGAGCACAGUCCCUCGAUGGACGAUACAAGCAGCGCCAAUACCCUUAGUUCGGCCAGUUUCGAAGAUGAGCCGCGGAUGCAGGAUGCCUCAACAAACACACCGCUUUCGGACAACAGCUCCGCCGGCACAGCACUGAGCGCUCACGAGGCGCAGCUGAGGCAGGACCGCCAGAAGUUCCUCCAGUUCGCCGAAAAGCACCGCACAGUGCUUAAUCAGAUCUUACGGCAGUCACCCACUCAUCUGUCGGACGGACCAUUUGCCGUGCUGGUGGACCACACCCGCAUCCUGGACUUUGACGUUAAGCGGAAGUACUUCCAGACGGAGCUGGAGCGCCUGGAUGAGGGCAUCCGGCGCGAAGAGCACACGGUCAGUGUGCGUCGCGUAACCGUCUUCGAGGAUUCGUUCCGCGUCUUGUACCGCCUGGGACCGGAGGAGUGGAAGAACCGCUUCUAUAUCGUCUUCGAGGAUGAGGAAGGCCAGGACGCUGGCGGCCUGUUGCGCGAAUGGUAUGUUAUCAUAUCGCGCGAGAUCUUCAAUCCGAUGUAUGCCUUGUUCUGCGUAUCGCCGGGCGAUCGCGUCACCUACAUGAUCAAUCCCUCCAGCCAUGCCAAUCCGAAUCACUUGAGCUACUUUAAGUUCGUCGGCCGCGUAAUUGCCAAGGCUGUGCACGACAACAAGCUGCUGGAGUGCUACUUCACCCGAUCCUUUUACAAGCACAUCCUGGGCAAACAGGUGAAGCACACGGACAUGGAGUCGCAGGACUACGAGUUCUACAAGGGUCUCGACUAUCUGAUGAAGAACGACAUCUCCACUCUGGGCUACGAGCUGACCUUCUCCACAGAGGUGCAGGAGUUUGGCGUCACCCAGAUCCGUGAUCUCAAGCCAAACGGACGCGACACCGCCGUGACCGAGGAAAACAAGUUCGAGUAUGUGCAGCUAGUGUGCCAGCUUAAGAUGAGCGGCUCCAUUCGACAGCAAUUGGACGCUUUCCUCGAGGGCUUCUACGACAUUAUUCCAAAGCAUUUAAUUUCGAUAUUCAACGAACAGGAACUGGAACUUCUCAUAUCCGGCCUGCCGGAUAUUGACAUUGAAGAUCUAAAGGCGAACACCGAGUACCACAAGUACACCUCAAAAUCGGCCCAGAUUCAAUGGUUCUGGCGAGCAUUGCGCAGCUUUGACCAAGCGGACCGGGCCAAGUUCCUGCAGUUCGUCACUGGCACCUCGAAGGUGCCGCUGCAGGGCUUUGGCUCCCUAGAGGGCAUGAACGGCAUUCAAAAGUUCCAAAUCCACCGGGACGAUCGAUCCACAGAUCGUUUGCCCUGUGCGCACACCUGCUUUAACCAACUGGAUCUGCCCAUGUACAAGUCUUACGACAAACUGCGGAGCUGCCUGCUAAAGGCCAUACAUGAGUGCUCCGAGGGCUUUGGCUUCGCCUAAACAAGAACCCCAGUGGCAACGGCAUCAGCGAGGCCUACCAAGCAACCAGCAACCCAUGGACGUAACACUAUUCCUAUAACGCAACACGUGCAACACGACGAGAAAUGCAUAAUUGAUUUGAACAGAACAGAACAGCCACUGCAAAUGUGCGAUAGCGGCAACAGAAACUGCAUGCAUACACAGUACAUAUAGUUAUAUAGUAUAUAUAAAAAUGUUGAAUUAAUUAUUAAUUUUUCGCGCCUAUAUAUAUACAAUAUAUAUUUUCUUAAAUUUUCAAAAGAAACGGAAAAAAUCUAAGGAAACCUAAAAAAACAACCCUAAAACAACUGAUACAAAUGCGAAACAAGCAUAUUCGAUUUAAAUUUGUCUGCGUAACUCAUCCUAUUAUAUUGUUUUGGAAUCUAUCCCUGUCGUUUUGCACAUUUUCAUUAAAACAAAAGGAUUUAUAUAAAAGAAAACACAAAUUUUUAUUUACAUAAACACGAAACCGAAUAGCAAAGGAUUAAACGUAGUAUAUAGAAUGCAAAUGCACAUAAACACACAGAUUAUACACUUUGGUUUCUUGUUUACUUAAGUGAAUUUACCGAAGAUAACGGGGAAGAAACAAAAUAAUUAAAUGGAUUAAAGUAUUUUGAUGUAAGAAAUAAGUCCUUAUGUUAUGCAUUUUAUGUUUACCUUUGGAGUAAUGAGCCGCAGAUGUAACUUAAAGAAUGUGGAAUAAAGUAAGAGUAAGCUCAUUUAUCAUAAUACA